GGCCCGGCCCCGCACGGCCCCGCACGGCACGGGGGUUGCCAUGACAAGCAUUUUCUCCCGUUAGCUCCGGGACCGUUCCCCCUCCAUCCCAUGGCCAGCCGGGGGGGCUCCGCCGCCAGCCGGGCGCCGCGGGAGCUGAGCCGCUCCAGUUGCUGUGGUAUCCAGGGAGCCCUCCUCCUUCUGCAGGAGAUGCACGCUGGUCGUUGCUAAGGUCGCCUCCGCGGUAACAUGCACAUCCUGUUUACACCUCUAUCCGGAGAAGUUGGGCUCGGUUAGAGGCACCUGCUCCCCCAGGGAAGGGGCCGCAGGGAGCGUCCCCCCCACCCCACCCCGCCGGACCCUCGAGGGAGCCGCGAGCCGGCGUCGGCAUCACCGGCACCAUGACGAACAACGUGACCGACCACCACCCCGGGAACUCGGUCGCCGAAGGCAACCAUGAGGGGGACUUCGGGUGCUCCAUGGUGGAGCUCAGGAACCUCAUGGAGCUGCGGAGCGCCGAGGCGGUGGCCCGGCUCAACGACUCCUACGGCGGCGUGCAGAACGUCUGCAAGAGGCUCAAGACGUCGCCCGUCGAAGGCCUGUCCGGGAACCCGACCGACCUGGAGAAGAGGCGGCAGGUCUUCGGCCAGAACUUCAUCCCUCCCAAAAAGGCCAAGACGUUCCUGCAGUUAGUGUGGGAGGCACUCCAGGACGUCACGCUGAUCAUCUUGGAAAUCGCAGCCAUAAUCUCCUUGGGCCUGUCCUUCUACCACCCCCCGGGUGGGGACAAUGAACUGUGCGGGCAGUCGACGGGCGGCGUGGAGGACGAGGGCGAGGCGCAGGCCGGCUGGAUCGAGGGGGCAGCCAUCCUGUUCUCCGUGAUCAUCGUGGUGCUGGUGACCGCCUUCAACGACUGGAGCAAGGAGAAGCAGUUCCGGGGCCUCCAGAGCCGCAUCGAGCAGGAGCAGAAGUUCACAGUGAUCCGCAAGGGGCAGGUGAUCCAGAUCCCGGUGGCCGAGAUCGUGGUGGGAGACAUCGCGCAGAUCAAGUACGGUGAUCUCUUGCCAGCGGACGGGAUCCUGAUCCAGGGCAAUGACCUGAAAAUAGACGAGAGCUCGCUGACUGGGGAGUCAGACCAAGUCAAGAAAUCCAUGGACAAAGACCCCAUGCUGCUCUCAGGUACCCACGUGAUGGAGGGCUCUGGCAGGAUGGUGGUGACUGCCGUGGGUAUCAACUCCCAGACAGGAAUCAUCUUCACUCUCUUGGGCGCGGGAGAAGGAGAUGAGGAGAAGAAAGUGAAGAAAGGUAAAAAAAGCGGAGCCCCCGAAAACCGCAACAAAGCUAAAACUCAGGAUGGUGUGGCCUUAGAAAUUCAGCCCCUGAAGAGCCAGGAAGGGGUGGAAAAUGAGGAGAAGGAGAAGAAGAAGGUGAAGGUGCCCAAGAAGGAGAAGUCUGUGCUGCAAGGGAAGCUCACACGCCUGGCGGUGCAGAUCGGGAAGGCAGGGCUGAUCAUGUCAGCCAUCACCGUCAUCAUCCUGGUGCUGUACUUCGUGAUCGACACGUUCGGGGUGCAGAAGCGGCCCUGGCUGGCCGAGUGCACCCCCAUCUACAUCCAGUACUUCGUCAAGUUCUUCAUCAUCGGGGUCACGGUGCUGGUGGUGGCCGUGCCCGAGGGGCUCCCGCUGGCCGUCACCAUCUCCCUGGCCUACUCCGUGAAGAAAAUGAUGAAGGACAACAACCUCGUGAGGCACUUGGACGCGUGCGAGACCAUGGGCAACGCCACGGCCAUCUGCUCGGACAAGACGGGCACGCUGACCAUGAACCGCAUGACCGUGGUGCAGGCCUACGUGGGGGACACCCACUACCGCCAGAUCCCCGACCCCGAAGCCAUCCUGCCCAAAAUCCUGGACCUCAUCGUCCACGGCGUCGCCAUCAACUCGGCCUACACGUCCAAGAUCCUGCCGCCCGAGAAGGAAGGGGGGCUGCCCCGGCAGGUGGGGAACAAGACGGAGUGUGCCCUGCUGGGCUUCGUGCUGGACCUGAAGCAGGAUUACCAGGCCGUGCGCAACGAGGUGCCCGAGGAGAAGCUCUACAAGGUCUACACCUUCAACUCCGUGCGCAAGUCCAUGAGCACGGUGCUGAAGAACAGCAACGGCGGCUUCCGCAUGUACAGCAAGGGCGCCUCCGAGAUCAUCCUCCGCAAGUGCACCAAGAUCCUGGACAAGAACGGCGACCCCCGAGUGUUCAAGGUGAAGGACCGGGACGAGAUGGUGAAGAAGGUGAUAGAGCCCAUGGCCUGCCACGGGCUGAGGACCAUCUGCCUGGCGUUCCGGGACUUCCCUGGGGACGCUGAGCCCGACUGGGACAGCGAGAACGAGAUCCUGUCUGACCUGACCUGCAUCGCCGUGGUGGGCAUCGAGGACCCUGUGCGGCCAGAGGUGCCAGAUGCCAUCCAGAAGUGCCAGCGUGCGGGGAUCACCGUCCGGAUGGUGACAGGGGACAACAUCAACACUGCCCGUGCCAUCGCCACCAAGUGUGGCAUCCUGCUGCCAGGGGAGGACUUCCUGUGCCUGGAGGGGAAGGAGUUCAACCGGCUCAUCCGCAACGAGAAGGGAGAGGUGGAACAGGAGCAGCUGGACAAGAUCUGGCCCAAGCUGCGGGUGCUCGCCCGCUCCUCCCCCACUGACAAGCACACUCUGGUGAAAGGAAUUAUCGACAGCACCGUUGGUGACCAGAGGCAGGUGGUGGCUGUGACCGGGGACGGGACCAACGAUGGCCCAGCCUUGAAGAAAGCAGAUGUUGGCUUUGCCAUGGGCAUCGCAGGCACGGACGUGGCCAAGGAGGCCUCGGACAUCAUCCUCACGGACGACAACUUCACCAGCAUCGUCAAGGCCGUCAUGUGGGGCCGCAACGUCUACGACAGCAUCUCCAAGUUCCUGCAGUUCCAGCUGACUGUGAACGUCGUGGCCGUCAUCGUGGCCUUCACGGGCGCCUGCAUCACCCAGGACUCCCCCCUGAAGGCUGUGCAGAUGCUGUGGGUGAACCUGAUCAUGGACACCUUCGCCUCCUUGGCCCUGGCCACAGAGCCCCCCUCUGAGUCCCUGCUGCUGCGCAAGCCCUACGGCCGCAACAAGCCGCUCAUCUCCCGCACCAUGAUGAAGAACAUCCUGGGCCACGCCGUGUACCAGCUCACCAUCAUCUUCACACUGCUCUUUGCAGGGGAGAAGUUCUUUGACAUCGACAGUGGCCGGAACGCGCCGCUGCACUCGCCGCCCACCGAGCACUACACCAUCGUCUUCAACACCUUCGUCAUGAUGCAGCUCUUCAACGAGAUCAACGCCCGCAAGAUCCACGGCGAGAGGAACGUCUUCGAGUCCAUCUACCGCAACCCCAUCUUCUGCACCGUGGUGCUGGGCACCUUUGCAGCCCAGAUCGUCAUCGUGGAGUUUGGUGGGAAGCCUUUCAGCUGCUCUGGGCUCACCCUGAGCCAGUGGUUCUGGUGUAUUUUUAUCGGAGUUGGGGAGCUCCUGUGGGGCCAGCUGAUCUGCACUGUCCCAACCAGCCACCUGAAGUUCCUGAAGGAAGCUGGGCACGGCAUCACCAAGGAGGAGAUCCCAGAGGAGGAGCUGCCUGAAGACGUGGACGAGAUCGACCACGCCGAGAUGGAGCUGCGGCGUGGGCAGAUCCUGUGGUUCAGGGGUCUCAACAGGAUACAGACACAGAUGGACGUAGUUUACACAUUCCAGACCGGCGCCUCCUCUUUGCAGGGAGCCCUCAGGAGACAGCCUUCCAUCGUGAGCCAGCACCACGAUAUCAAGGUGGUGAAUGCGUUCCGUAGCUCCCUGUACGAAGGCCUCGAGAAACCCGAAUCCAGAAGCUCCAUCCAUAACUUCAUGACUCACCCAGAGUUCAUCCUGGAGGAAGAUGAGCCUCGAACACCAUUCCUUGAUGGCGCUGAAGACGACCCCGAGACUGACGGGCUCCCGACGCGCGGCGGGGGCAGCCCGGGCGGGCCUCCAGCCCUGAACAGAAAUAACAAUGCAGUGGACAGCGAUCGAGCUGAGCUCUCCGUCCCGGAGCCCGAGAGCCCCUUCCACAGCCUGGAGACAUCGGUUUGACCUUAGAACUUGGAACCCCCCCCCUCCUCCUCCUCCUCCUCCUCCUCCUCCUCCUCCACCUCGGCCCCUCGCCCGGUGUGACGUCGGCACCAGUAACUGCUCACACCUCGUGUCAAACUGCUCAUACGUAUAUCAUUGGGGUGGGUUUUUUUCGGGGGGGGGGUAUUUGUUUUCCUUUGUUUCAUUUUGUUGGUUUUUUGGUGUUUUUUUUUUUUACCAUGAACCAGAGUGCCACGAUGCUGGGUGUUGGGGAGAGAGGCUAGGCCAAAAAAAUUGUGCCAUCUCCAUCCCUCGUUUUCUGUGGUACUCGCCCGGGUGAAGCAGCCAGGUUCUUUCCUCUCCAAGAGUUGGGCUCCAGGCGUCUCUGUCUGUUGGGGGUUUUCACUUUGCAAAAUGCAUGAUCAAAGGAAAUUCGAGUUGGUGUAGUCUUACGUGCCCACCCUCAGCCCGAGGGCUGGGCUGCACUUGUGACUUUUAUUUUAUUUGGGGGUUUUUUUUCCACUUGUGGUUUUUUGGGGUUUUCUUCUAACGUUGGGGUUUGUUCUUUGCUCGUGGGAUUUGCCCCCAGGAACUCUGCAGUGGGAAGUGGGGGCAGUCAGCACUCCAGUGUGAAAACUAAGAAAUAAAACAACAAAACCCAGCCAGGGGAAGGUGUUUACUCGCAGGUUGAGAGAUGUGCACCAGUCUUCCACCUUGAAAAAUGGUACCUGACCUUUCCAGCUCCUCCUCUGAGUGUCCACACACACUUUUCUCUCUCUGUUUCCAGAUUGGUAGAUGAGGAAUGAAGGUGACUUGGCUGUAACUUUGCUGGAUGGAAAAGAUUCUGAUUUUUCCACUAAGGUGGAGGUGAACUGGCAGUGAAAAGGUGGUGGGGGAAAAAAAACCCCCACGGUUGUGAGAAAUGUGGCUCCUUCCUGGGGAAUCUUAAGAGAGGCCUCUCUGCUGCUCUUGAUCAGGUGUGAAACUCUUGGUGAGAGCUUUGCCAGGGUUUUGUGGCUCCUGCCAUCGAGAGCAGAGGGAUUUUUGCCUAUUCUGGCUUUUCUGUGCUGUUGGGUUAAAUAAUCCUUCAGCCUUGGAGCAGCAGCUCCAGUGAACUGCUGAGGAACCUCAGAGCUGUGCCCACCCAAAGCUUUACCAGGCUGAACAGAGAGCAGGCAUCGGGGCACUGAGGGCACAGUGGGCCAACUCCCAGGUCAUGGAAGGGAUGAAUUAGGUUGUCUCGUUAUCCCAUGGAAGGGGGGGAGGCUCCAUGGCCAGUGGAGGACCUUUGGCUUCCUGGAGCUGCUUUGCCAGAGGAGGUGGCAGUUGCUUGGUUGGCUGCAGACCUUCCAGAGAAGGUGCUGCUGGAGGCUCAGCCUCACUUGCUGCUUUUCUGGAGGUCAUCUCUUCACCCUGUGUCCUGCCUCACCUCCACCUCUUGGAACCUUUUAGGGAGAGUCCUGUUUUUUGGAGCAGAGGCCCCGGUUGGCUCCAAACUGCCCCUCUGGUGAUCCAUGGCCCUGAGCAGGAGGCAGGAUUUGCUUUGCUUGAGUCCCUUCCCCAGGGUUGUGGCCCCGGGCAGGCAGGGCUGGAGGAAGCUCUGCUGCCUUCCUUCCCUCCUUCAUCCCAGAGGAAGCUCUGCUGCCUUCCUUCCCUCCUUCAUCCCGGAGGAAACUCUGCUGCCUUCCUUCCUUCCUUCAUCCCAGAGGAAGCUCUGCUGCCUUCCUUCCCUCCUUCAUCCCAGAGGAAGCAGAGAGAACCUGGUUGUAACUGGCUGUACAACAUCAUCUUUGCCCAGCUCCACCCCUGGGAGCAGCAGGGUUUUAGGGACAAGGGUGGGCUGGGCUGGUUUCUUCUUUCCUUUCCUUUCAGAACGCACAGCAGAAUCUCCCGUGCCUUCUCCGAGCACUGCCUGCAGCACCUCCUGCCACGCCAGGGCCCAGUACUUUGCCAAGAAAUAAGUGUUCCUUAAACCACAACACAAACCAAGUGUCUUUGUUUUGUUUCCAGCCCAGCCCCGACCCCGUCCCUUCCUCGGGGUGGGAGGAGGGAAGGAUGAGCCGCCCCAUUCCUGCCCCAGGUAGCUGAGGAAAGGUCCUUCUCCCACCCCUGGUGCCUGGGUGCUGGUGAGGGGUGAAGGUUGGGCUCUACACUGCCAACAGCCAGAAGAAAUUGCCACCACUGCCCAUCCCAAAUUCAGUGUCAACCCCCUCCCUGCCCAUCGCUGCCCUCCCCUCCCCAAAACCCACCGUGGGCAGGACCUUUGGGGGGGGAGAGUGCGGGUGGUUCUUGGGUUAAACACGAGUUGGUGACAGGAAAGACCGAAAAGGGGAGGGGAGGGUGGUUGUGGGGGUUUGGUUCUGUGCUAAAAGGUGACAUUGCUUAAAAACAAACAAACAAAAAAAAAAACAACAAAAAAAAAAAGAUUCACUUUUUUCUAUUUUAAAUACUCGCAAAAAAAAAAAAUACACAAAAAAAAAACCAAGGUGAAAAUAUGGUGUUCUUACAAGCUUACAUAAAUAUUUAUUAAAUACUUUUUUUGGGGGGGGGGAUGCACCGAUUUAUUUUGUUGGUUUUUUUUUUCUUUUGAUAUUUUUUUAAUACCUCAGACCUGUUUAAAAAAUAAAUAAAAAAAAAAAGACUUCAACCAACCAAAAGCCAAGUUUGGAGGCUCUCAAAGUCACUCCCAGAAAUCUGUGACUGGCAGGUUGCCACAAGGGUCUGGUCGUUCUUUAGUUGCUCUAUUUUUGUCGUUCUAGUUUUCCAUAUUUAGGAGGGGGAGAAAUAAUUAUAUAUAAAUAUUAUGCAAAAAAAAAAAAAUAAUCUAGUUUUCUUUAGAUCAGAAACUGAUAUUUUUACGUCAGCCAUAUGUAUUUUGUUUAAAGAGAAGUAAAUAAAUAACUCUUGAGUCCCGGCGCGACUGUGUGACGGCAGGUCCAAGGGACAGGUAAUUAAUUCCGUGGAUUAAUUAAUUCAGCCAUCGGAUGCCAGUCAGCUUCCUUUUCUCUGAGCAGCCAUCUUUCUACUAGACGUUAGUUGGGUGACACAAAUGGGGUUUUUUUAUAUAUAUAUAUAUAUAUAAAUUAUGUUGGUAUGGCUGGUUGCUUCAAGUAUAAGCGUUUCUUGUGCGUACAAAUUUCCUGUAAAGUAUUUGGGGGUUUAUUUUUUUUGUUUUUUUUUUUUUUUUUUAGUUUCAGUGAUAUACUGGCAGCAGCUGACUCUUGGCUUAAGUUAUUGAGGACAUUACAAAAGAUUUGGGGGAGAUUGGUGCUCCAAAAGGCAUGGUCGGCGGCACGAACUUUUGGGGACUCUCUGCAACAUGCCUUGACUAGGGGGAGAUAUAUAUAAAUAUAUAUAUAUAUAUUAUUAUUAAUUUUUUUUUUUUGCUUUGUUUGAACUGCCACAAGUGUGCACGGGGGACAGUGCCCGACAGGAACCGAAGUCAUACCCUGUGAUCCGUGUUAACUUGCCUUGGAAUGCUUUGUUAUUAAAACACUCUGAACAUAAUUUUGCAUCCAGUUCUUGAUCCCAGGAGGGUCUCUGGUGGUGGAUUUUUAUUUUUAUUUUUUUUCUGUGGAAUAAAUUGGCGGAUUGGUACCAAAGACAUCCCACCACGCCCUUUGUGUGCGUUGCUGACCAGGCAGCUUCUGAGGCGUUUGCGUUCUGGGCUGAGGUUUCCUUUCUGGUUUGCACAGGGGAGGUUUUUAACUUCGUUUUCAAAGGUUUCGUGCAAUAAACUUCGAGGGAAAUUUCGGAAACAAUCUCAAGAAGGAAAAAAACUAAACCAAAUUUUAGCAUGGGCGACCUUUGGCUUUUCCCCCCCCGGUGAGGAGUCGAUGGCCCGGAGUGCUCAGCCCCAGCUGCUAGGGGGGCACAAUGGGAGUGACUGGAAAAACCCCAUCCCAAAUCCAGGGAGGGCAUCUCCAAGGUGCCAUGGCCGAGUCCUGCUGCUCUCCACGGCUGCAGGGACCACAGCAAAGUCCCUGGAAGCUUUUGUGGGAGGGCACCUGUAGCUGCAUCGUGUCCUGCUCUGUCCUGCUCCUACGAGCUCAUGGACGUGGAUCCCUAAAACACCCCCCCUGCACUCCCAGCUCUCCCCUUGGAGCACAGGGAUGUGGGGGUACCUCUGUCCUGGACCUGCCCCAAACAGAACCACCCAACCAGGUGGGUUUUAGCCCCUGGUUCUUCCUCUUCCAGCAUCUCCCCCUGCUGAGCUCUGCUCUCCUCCCACUCACCAAAGGCCCCGAUUUUCAUCCAGCAAAGCCCAUGGCUAAAACUGCCUUUAGUUUAUUUCCUCCCCUUCAAUAAAUAUAUAUAUAUACAGUAUGAAAUCAACAUUUAUGUGUGUGUAUAUAUAUUUAUCCCGCGCUCUCACAACAAAACUUUCCUUUGAAGAGGGCACGCAGAGCCGAGUUUUUCUUUUCCAGUAACUAAGUAUAAUAAGCACUGGUAUUUUUGUAUAAAAACGGGAGAAAAAAAUAAAAUACAAAACAGAAGACUGAAUAUUAUGUGGUAUGCAUGACAUUAAACAACAACAACAAAAAAAAAUGGUGGUUUCAAAGCAAUAUGUACCCUGGUGUGUUUGCCAUAUCCUACAGUCCAGCUUAAAGUGCACCUGAUCUGUAUUGCAUUUUGAUAUUAAUCUCUAUGUACAAUGUUUUGCAUGUAAUUUAUAUGGUUCUUGGGAGAAAAAAAAAAAAGAAUCUGAAUGAAUUGUCAGUUGGCUUCUUCUGAGCAAACAGAGUCCAAGCAGAGCUAAUACUCCAAGUGGAAGCAGCAGAGUGGUUGAGGGGUGGGAAAAGGGGGUACAUAGUUCAAAAGCAGGCGUGCUGGGGGAGAAGGGGGAUGGUUUGGAAUCAAUAAAGCUUUGGCUGUUGAGCAGAAACAAUGCACGAGUGCAUCCAGAGAAUAAACUGUGCCCACGUGUAACUGUGA